AUGGGGGUAGACGGCCUGUCAUGGAAAAAAGGUUUUGUAGACUGCCUUGUCACGGAUCCGCCGUACGGUAUCCGUGCUAUGGCCCACAGCGACGCACAGACUGGGGGCCUCAACUCAGUGGAAGGUUUAGAUAGAUUGGGUUUGACGCUGAAGAACGUGUAUGCCGCUCUUUUCAGGAUCGCGGGUUAUUUGCUUAGGACCAAAGGAUUGUUGGUCUUCCUUAUUCCGAGCACGGACGAGUUCAAGGUUGAUGCGCGCUCGAUAGAGAUCAUGUGUGGGGACACAUUUCGCCUUGACAAGCCCAUCGCCUACCAAGAGUUGACCGGUGGCUACGGCCGCUAUUGUGUGACGGUUCGGAAGAUCUAG